UUCAGUUAAAUCUCUCCCAAACACAGUCUCAAACCAAACAUGGCCUAAAAUUCCAGAGAACCCUGAGCCCUGAAAUUCACUGCAGCAACGUAUCUAUGGAACGCCACGACGUCCUCGUUAAUGUACGAAAUUAAAUUCAUCUGGUUCAUAUAACUCUGCAGCAGUGAUGGAAGUCGACGCCGAAUCCUCGAUCAAGUGUGAAAAGGACGAGCAGAGCAAGGCAAUUAUGGUGAUACUGGUGGGUGCGCCCGGUAGCGGCAAGUCCACCUUCUGCGACCUCGUCAUGGAAGCCUCUACCCGCCCCUGGGUUCGUAUCUGCCAGGACAGUAUUGGUGCCGGUAAAGCGGGAACAAAAACUCAGUGUCUUACAGCUGCAGCUGCUGCAUUGAAAGAUGGAAAAAGUGUAUUUAUCGACAGAUGCAAUCUUGAUAUGGAACAACGUGCUAACUUUAUGAAGCUUGGUAGCCCACAAGUAGAUAUGCAUGCUCUGGUGCUUGAUCUUCCUGCAAAGCUUUGCAUAUCCCGUUCUGUAAAGAGGACUGGGCAUGAAGGAAAUUUACAAGGUGGAAAAGCUGCAGCUGUUGUGAAUAGAAUGUUGCAAAAGAAGGAAUUACCUAAACUCAGUGAAGGAUUUUCGAGGAUCACUUUUUGCCAGAAUGAAAAUGAUGUUCAAGGGGCUAUUAGCAUCUAUAGUGCUCUUGGCCCAAUGGAUUCCCUUCCAAGUGGCUGCUUUGGCCAGAAAAACCCUGAUACCAAAAUUCAGCUUGGUAUAAUGAAGUUCCUCAAAAAAGUGAAUACCCCUGUUAAUACUGCAUCCAGAGAAAAUAGCUCAAAAGAUUCUGUGACCACUGAUUUUGUCAAAGACAAUGAUUCUGGAUUUAAAGGGCCAGAAGAUGCUAGUGGAACUGCUGGUAAGGUAAAGGAACAUGAAGAUCUGGCUGUGGGUUCUGUUAAUUGCGAUUCUUCUUUUGGCAAUAUUCCAACUUUGGCAUUUCCAUCUAUUUCAACUGCUGAUUUCCAGUUUGAUCUUGAAAAGGCAUCUGAUAUUAUUGUUGAGAAAGUUGAGGAGUUUGUGACUAAGCUUGGAAAUGCUAGGCUUGUUCUUGUUGACUUAUCUCGUGAAUCCAAGAUCUUGGCUUUGGUUAGGGCUAAGGCUAGAUGGAAGAAUAUUAACUCUGAUAAGUUCCUGACGUUUGUGGGAAAUAUAACUCGACUAUAUUCUGAAGGAGGUUUACGCUGCAAUGUGAUAGCUAAUGCUGCUAAUUGGCGGUUAAAACCUGGAGGUGGAGGUGUCAAUGCUGCUGUAUAUAGUGCUGCAGGUCCAGACCUGGAUGUGGCAACCAAGGAACGUGCUAGGUCUCUUUCCCCUGGAAAAGCUUUGGUUGUACCUCUUCCUUCAACUUCUCCCUUGUUUAUUAGGGAAGGGGUUACCCAUGUCAUACAUGUUCUUGGUCCAAAUAUGAACCCACAAAGGCCAAACUUUCUCAACAAUGACUAUAUGAAGGGUUGCAAAAUUCUUCGUGAGGCUUACACUUCAGUUUUUGAUGGUUUUGCAUCUAUAAUUAGUUUCCAAGAACCACAGCAUAAGGAUACGACUGAAAGACAUGGAUCUGCACUGUCAGAGUCCCCACUUGACUGUCAGAUAAGUUGUAUGAAUCAAUAUUCAAAUGCUGAUCAGAAGGUCAAGAGAGAGGGUAUCUAUGAAUCCGAGAGAAACAAAAAGUGCAAAGGCCUUCAAGAAGAAUGUGGGAGUGAAGCAACUGGUGCUACAGACAUAAAGGAGAAUACAAGUAGUGGAAAGAAAAAUGAAAGCAAGCCUGCGGCCUGGGGGUCGUGGGCUCAAGCUCUUUAUCGUAUUGCCAUGCAGCCUGAGAAGCAUAAAGAUACUGUGUUAGAGAUCUCAGAUGACAUUGUUUUGCUGAAUGAUCUUUAUCCAAAAGCAAAAAAGCACCUUUUAGUUUUGGCACGUUGCAAUGGUCUUGACCAACUUGCUGAUGUCCGUAAAGAACACCUUGAGCUAUUAAGGACAAUGCAUGCUGUGGGCUUGAAGUGGGCUGAGAAAUAUCUAAGUGAAGACAAAACAUUAGUUUUCCGCCUUGGGUACCAUUCGUGCCCAUCAAUGCGGCAAUUGCACCUUCAUGUAAUUAGUCAGGACUUCAAUUCUGAAUAUCUGAGGAAUAAGAAGCACUGGAAUUCAUUCAAUUCUCCUUUCUUCCGUGACUCGGUGGAUGUGAUGGAGGAAAUCGAUAAGCAUGGACAAGUCACCUUGGAAGAUGAUAGGCUCUUGACGAUGGAGUUGCGCUGCCACCGGUGUCGAAGUGCACACCCCAACAUACCCCGCCUUAAAUCUCAUAUAGCCCAGUGUCAAGCCCCCUUUCCCGCACCUCUGCUCCAAAAUGGUCGUCUAGUGCUUGUCCUGGAGAAAGAUGGCACCGCUCAAUAGGCGCCCAUUGAAGGUUUUUGGCUCCCACUGAUGCUGGCCUGUAAUUCUUGAAAUCCUUGCAAGUUCUGCCAUAAGCUGCCAUUGGAGCAUGAGAUGCAUAACGUAUCGAUGGAACAUGAGAGGGCAUUGCUAGGUUGUAUAUGCCAUAUUCCAAUCAAGAAAAGAGAUUUUGUGCGAAGCUCUGCUCUGCUCUCAUUCCUUUUCCGCUCACUCAAGCAGCAGGAAUUUUUUACACUUGAAGUUCAAAGAGCUGAAAAGAAAGGAAAAAGGAAGCAGAGAUGCCUAAAUUCUAGCUUUCUGGGAAAGUAGGUAUGAAACUGCUAACUGUGGGGCGUUUGCCUCACGAUUUAACUGUGCAACUCAGUAUGUAAAAGAAUGAUUUUUGAUAAUGAAUCAUAAUUUGACAUUUUUAUUCUCUUGUGUUUUAAAAUUUCUGUAUACUUGCUGUCCAAGCAAUAGAAUUAAACCCAAAAUAGUUUUGAGAGCACUGUCUGAUUUGCCUAAUCACACAAUUGGUUCGACAGUCAUAUUUACUUAGAUUCUCUAUGUAAAUGUUGACUCUAAGCAGAAAUGAUGCCUUCGUACUUGAGAAUCUUCCUGAUUC